AUGAAAGCGGAGGCAGACUGGACUGCAUCGACUCCGCACGCGCCUCGUGUGGCGUGUGCCUCGGCGGGCAUGCAGAAGGCGGGAUUCGACGCCGCUUGUCUCGAGGCCUCUCGCUCCCCCCCGCGUGCUUCCUGUGCUGUUUCCUUGCCCUCUUCGCGUCGCUGUGGCAUCGCCCCCGAGUCCUCGGCGACGCCUCUGCUCGCCUGCGCCUCUGCUCCCUGUCUAGCAGCCGCCGUCCCUCCUGGCGCUGCAGCGUCCCUGCGCGCACAUUUCUCUCCUUUGUCUGCUGUCUCGUCUUCCACCAUGGCGUCCGCAGCCGCUGCGCCGCAGUCGCGAGGUCGGCGCGACAAGCUGCUGGGCAUCGAGGAGGCCGUGGCGGCCCGCUGGGCGAAGGCGAACCCGUACGAAGUCGACGCGCCAGCGGAGCACUCUGGCGAUAAGGUCAAGUACUUCUGCAGCUUUCCGUAUCCGUACAUGAACGGCAAGAUGCAUCUCGGUCACGCGUUCACUGUCUGUCGCGCAGAGUUCCAGGCCCGCUUCCAGCGCAUGCAGGGAAAAGCCGUCCUCUGGCCGUUUGGGCUCCACUGCACCGGCAUGCCCAUUCUCGCCUGCGCCGACAAACUCAAGCGCGAAGUCGCGCAGAGACAAGCCAACGAACAACGCGACGGAACUCUCGAAAACGAAAAAAAGGAACACGUCGAGGAGCAGAAGACUGGCGAGGAGGAAGCGAAGAAGCGAAAGUCGAAGGUCGCUGCGAAGACGGGCGAUGCGAAAACGCAGUGGAACAUCAUGGAGAGUAUGGGAAUCCCUCAAGAAGAGAUCGCCGCGUUCGCGGACGCGCAGCACUGGCUGCGUUACUUCCCGCCUCUCGCCAAACGCGAUUUGUCGCGCUUCGGCCUCGCCGUCGACUGGAGACGCUCCUUCGUCACAACCGACAUCAACCCCUUCUACGAUGCCUUCAUUCGUUGGCAGUUUAACACGCUCAUGAAGCGCGGCAAGCUGAAGUUCGGCAUGCGCGCGACGAUUUUCAGCCGUCGCGAGAAGCAGGCGUGCGCAGACCAUGACCGCGCGAGCGGCGAGGGCGUCGGGCCGCAGGAAUACACCGUGGUGAAGCUCUUCGUGCAGGAGGCGCAGCUGAGAGACGAGGAAGCCGAGCAGCUGCAGCCGCUGCUUGAAAUCCUCGGCGAGCUCCAGAAACACGGCGAAAAGCGCGUCUCGCUCGUCGCCGCCACGCUCCGACCGGAGACGAUGUAUGGGCAGACCAACUGCUACGUGCUCCCGGAGGGCAAGUACGGUGUGUACCUGGCCUUUUCGGAGCCGCGCAAGAGCCUGACGAACGCGGGGUCCGAGGACGGAGGCGCGGCCGCGGCGCAGGCGGCGGCGGAGACUGAGGAAGAGUUCGAGACUUUGAUGACCCGCGAGGAGGCGCUGAAGGCGUGCUCGGAAGUGUUUAUCUGCAGUGAGCGGUCGGCUAUCAACAUGGGCUACCAGGGCUUGCUGCCUAUGGAGGCCAACGCUGCGGACGCCGAUGCCUUGCCGCUCCCGCACUGCCUCGGAACUGUCGAGGGCCGCAACCUGAUUGGCGUACCUCUCUUGGCGCCGAAUGCAACUUACCCGACUAUCUACGCGCUCCCGAUGCUCACCAUCUCCAUGAAUAAGGGCACGGGUGUGGUAAUGUCAGUUCCGAGCGACGCGCCCGACGACUACAUGGCGUUGAUGGAUAUUGUCAACAAGCCGGAUUUCUUCAGGGACCGCUAUGGCGUCCGCCCUGAGUGGGUGAAGCCGUUCGAGCCAGUCCCCAUCAUCGACAUCCCGGGGCUGGGGUCUCAGGCGGCUGUGCGGCUUUGCCAGGAGAAGAAGGUGGCGAGUCAGAAGGACACGCAGAAGCUUGCGGAGAUCAAGGAAGAAGUUUACAAGAAAGGUUUCUACGACGGCGUGCUUCUCGUCGGGCCGUUUGCAGGCCAGAAGGUCGCCGACGCGAAGAACGCGGUGCGCGACGCGAUGAUUGCCAAAAAGGACGCUAUCGCGUACUUUGAACCCGAAAAAAGCGUUGUCUCCAGAAGUGGCGACGAGUGCGUCGUCGCAUAUAUGAACCAGUGGUACCUCGACUACGGCGAAGAGUCCUGGAGAGAUGCCGUCGAGAAGUACAUCUGCUCGCCCGAGUUUCACACCUACAACCCUCAGGUUCUGCAUCAGUUCAAGCACGUCGUCGGGUGGCUGCGCGAGUGGGCCUGUAGCCGCAGCUACGGCCUCGGCACGUUCCUGCCCUGGACCAAAGACGCGUCGCGUCCGGUCCUCAUCGAGUCGCUCUCCGAUUCAACCAUCUACAUGGCUUACUACACCAUUGCGCACCUUCUCCAGGGCACUGACAUGUACGGCGAAAAGCCCGGCCCUCUGGGCAUUACCGUGGAGCAGCUCACAGACGAAGUCUUCGACUACAUUUUCGUGCAGACGAACGAGCUCCCGCAGUCAUCAAUUCCGACUGAGCAUUUGAAGCGCAUGCGCGCCGAAUUCGAGUACUGGUAUCCGCUGGAUCUGCGCGUGAGCGGGAAGGACCUCAUCUUCAAUCACCUCACCUUCUCGCUGUACAACCACGUCGCCAUGUGGCCUGACCGCCCUGACCUGUGGCCCAAGGCCUUCGUGUGCAACGGGCACGUCAUGGUCGACGCCCAGAAGAUGAGCAAGAGUCUGGGCAACUUCAUCACCAUCGAGGACGGCAUUAACGAGUUCUCUGCCGACGCCAUGCGCGUCGCCCUCGCCGACGCAGGUGACACGGCCGACGACUCCAACUUCCAGAGAGAGACGGCCAACAGCGCUAUCAUGCGUCUGUAUCUCCUCGAGCAAUUCGCCAACGAAGUCGUGAGCGGCGUCCUGCCGCUCCGCGAAGGUGCCUUCUCCGACGCCGACCGGUUGUUUUUGAACGAAAUCGUCACCUGCACCGAGAUCGCGAAGGAGGCGUUCGAGACCUUUCAGUACAGAGAGGCUCUGAAGAACGGGCUCUACGAGCUGCACACGCGCAGAGACCAGUACCGCAUGCUCUGUGGAGACGACCACAUGCACAAAGACCUCGUCCUCACUUGGCUGAAGACGCAGUGCCAAGUUCUCUCUCCGAUUGCGCCGCACAUCAGCGAGCACAUCUGGAGUGAAGUGCUGAAGGAGUCUUCACUCAUCGUCUCCUCGGCAUGGCCUACCUUCCCCGACAGCCCGCAGGACCCCGUCACUCACCGGCAAUUCCUGUUGCUGCUUGCGGCCGUUGAGGACUUCCGUCGCACGAAGGAGAAGGCUGUGCAGAUGCUUUUCGGAGGAAAGAAGAAGGGUCAGCAGCCCAAGGCGCCCAGCCCCGCCGUCUCUGCGCUGACGCACGCCGUUGUCUAUGUCGCAAAAGAGUACCCCGCUCUGCAGCAGCAAGUGUUAACCCUGCUGCAGAAGGCGCCAGUUCACAAAGGUGAAGACGGCACGUGGUGCGCAGGCAAGGAGUACAUGGAUAUCGUGAAGAACGACGCCGGCAUCAACGCCCUGGAUAAAAACGCGAAGAAAGAAGCUAUGGCGUUCGCCUCCUUCCAAAUGAGGGACGAGCUGAAGGCGUACGGCCGCAGUGCCCUGGAUCUUCAGCUGCCGUUUGACGAGCUUCAAUUGCUUCAGACCCACCAGCGCUACCUGCAAACCUCUCUUGGGCUUACGGAAAUCGCCUUCUUGCCAAACGACCAGGUACACUCGAAGGACGAGAGCGAGAACCGCAAGCUUGCGAAGCCUGGCAAGCCUUCUAUCUUUUUCUAUUCUGCUUAG